UGGGAUCCAUGGCAGAUGAUGGAAAUCAUCAGAAUGAAUAGAUGCUGUUUCUCUCCCACAUUAAUUAAACAACAGAGGUCACGGCAAGACUACGCCCUACAGUGAGAUAUAGGGGUGUGGUGUCCCGGGAGCUGUCCGCACAGCGUGGUGCUGAAAGCAGCUGCUCAACACUCCUGACUAUUCUUCUCUCGUAACGUAUACACACACACACACGCACAGGCUACCGGGAGCUGCCCGCACAGCUUGGUGCAGAACCCUCCUGACUUCCCCUCUCCAGCACACACACACUAUAGGCUACAGGGAGCUGUCCGCACAGCUCGGAGCUGAAAGCAGCGGCUCAACACUCCGGACUGUCCUCCUCUCAUACACUCACAAGCUACGGGGAGCUCUCCACGCGGCGUGUUGCUGAAACCAUCCGGGAUGUCCCUCUCCAGCACACAUAACCUGCAGGGAGCUGUCCACACUGCGUGGUGCUGAAACAUUCCGGACGGCCCCUCUCCUGCACCCGCACAGUAUCGGCUACAGGGAGCUGUCCACAUAGCGUGGUGCUGAAGCCAUCCGGACUGUCCCUCUCCAGCGAGCGCAUUACUGGCCACAGGGAGCUGUCCACAUAGCGUGGUGCUGAAGCCCUCCGGACUGACCCUCUCUCUCGCACACACACACAGGCUGCUGGGCUCCUUUAAGCAGCACAUUGCCUGCUGGCGGGAUGGUGCGCAGGGCUCCAGAGGAAGUUACGCAGCCGGGAUCAUGCCGUGAGAUAAAGAGCUGCUCCCGUGAUUGAAAGUGAUGGCUAAAGGAUUUAGCUCCAGCAUUAACUUGGAGAGGUAGGGAGCACAGAGGGGAUCUCGCAAAGCCUCUCGCCAUCUGCCCGUGGCUUGCAGGGAGGGGAUUGCGCGUCCUGUCAGCGCUGCACACAGUGGACAUGAAACUGGCCAGAUAGAGGAAAAGUUUGCGAGCAGUCGGGACCCUCUGCGCUAGGAGGCACUGAGUGUCACCCUGGGAGGCGAAUCCCCUCUGAGACCAGGACUACUUGCUGUGUCAAAUCUGAGAAGGAGAGGCGGCGGCGGGGGAGCUCGGUGUGUGAGCGGCUGGGGGAGCACUGAAAGCCGGCGCUGUUGGUUAAUAACGUCUCACAACCCUACAUGACAAUGCUUGUUAUGAUGACUAAACGGACAUUUCAACAAGAAGAGAGCGAAACAGAUUGACUACAUUAUAAAGCUUAUUUCCCAAGUCUCGCUUCUGAAUGUGGAUGUGACCUCACUAGUGUCAAACCUUGCAAACUGACCUCUAUCCUAGUUGGCACCAUACAAGGGUUAGACAAGCGUGGGACCCUUUAGUUUGACCUGAUAUCCUGGACUAUAUUGUUCUAACGUUUCAAGUCUUGGACCUGAUAGUUCCCAUUUGAGAAGACUUUGGAGAGGGCACCAGUUUAACAGGAAGAUUCUUUUUACAUGUUGUGAGAAAGAAAAUGAGAAAGUAUCCACCCAAGACUGCUUUGCUGAGUAACACGAACCGAAUUUGCUGCCCUGAUAUGUGCUUAAGAAUGGACUUUUAAAUAUUGCUUUCUCGCUGUAUCCAACAGUGGAUGUUUCAAUGCAGAGGCAAAGGGACCUGGAAAGAUGGGAAAUGUCUAAGCAACACAAGGACUUUGGUGUAGAUAUGCUGACUGAGUUCUUCUUGUCUUUAAAUAUACCAAACAUUAUCCGUUACCUGUAGUGUGGAGAGUCCAGCCGUAUCUCUGUACCUGUCAAUGAAGUGUUUCCAUGCUGAUCCUGACAGUAGCAGCUAAGCCCCCUGAAGUUUCCCCUCUAUGUCUCCUAGGCAUCUCCACUGUUGGAGAUCACCAAUGUCGGGUCCAGUUACCAUGCUGCCACUGGCUGUCUUUCUCAUGCAGUGCCUGCCUCUGGCAUUGGGACACUAUGACAUCUGUAAAUCCUGGGUGACGUCAGAUGAUGGCCCUUCCUGGGAAUUUUAUGCCUGCCAACCAAAGCCCUUGGGUAUGAAAGAGUAUGCCAUAAUUAAAGUGGACCCUCCUGGGAUUACCUGUGGGGAUCCGGCAGAGUAUUUCUGCACACAUGAGAACCCAUACCUCUGCAGCGAUGAAUGUGAUGCCUCAGCUCCCGACCUAGCCCACCCGCCCAGUCUCAUGGUCGACAAAGAUGAGGAAGGUCUGGCCACCUACUGGCAAAGCGUUACAUGGAAACGAUACCCAGAGCCGCUAGUUGCUAACAUCACAUUGUCUUGGAACAAGACUGUAGAGCUAACUGAUGACAUUGUGGUGACGUUUGAGUAUGGACGUCCCACUGCUAUGAUGUUGGAGAAAUCACUGGACUAUGGCAGGACUUGGCAUCCAUACCAGUACUAUGCUGAUGACUGCAUUGAAGCCUUUGGCAUGACCCCCAAGAAGGUGGUUAAUCUUAUAGCGAGUAACAUCAGCCGUGUGCUGUGCACAGAGGAGUACUCCCGCUGGGCGGGCUCUAAAAAGGAGAAGAAUGUGCGCUUUGAGGUUCGAGAACGUUUUGCAAUCUUUGCUGGCCCAGACCUUAGGAAGAUGGAGAACUUGUACACACGGAUGGAGAGCGCCAAAGGUUUGAAGGACUUUUUCACUCUCACUGACUUGCGACUCCGGCUUCUGCGCCCGGCGUUAGGUGGGACAUAUGUGCAGCGAGAUAAUUUAAGAAAGUAUUUCUACGCCAUCUCCAACAUAGAGGUGACUGCAAGGUGUAAAUGUAACUUACAUGCCAAUGCGUGUAACUUCCGGGAUGGGGCUCUGCAAUGCGAAUGUGAACAUAACACUACUGGACAGGACUGUGGCAGGUGUAAGAAGAGUUUCCGCAACAGGUCCUGGCGCGCAGGUUCCUACACUCCCAUGCCUCAUGGAUCCCCUAAUGCAUGUGCAGCGUCGAGUUCCGCUCUCGGCAACUGUGAGUGUUACGGGCACUCGAGCCGCUGCAGUUUCAUCGACUUCUUGAAUGUUGUGACUUGUGUCAGCUGCAAGCACAAUACUAGGGGGCAGCACUGUCAGCACUGCCGGCUGGGCUUCUACCGGAACCAGUCUGCCGAACUGGAAGAUGAGAACAUCUGCAUACAAUGUAACUGUAACCAGCAUGGAUCAGAGCAUGAACGCUGCAACGAAACUGGUGACUGUGUGUGCCGGCCAGGAGCCACCGGUACGAAGUGUGAUGAGUGCCUGCUGGGUUAUCACUGGAGGCAAGGCUGCCAACCCAAUGUGUGCGAUGAAGAACUGUUGAUUUGCCAGAACGGUGGGACCUGCCACAACGGACAGCGGUGCCUGUGUCCCUCUGGCUUCAAAGGUGCACUAUGCCAGGAUGCCAAAUGUGACUCCACCCACAGGAACUGUGACUCCGCCUGCAACGCCCUGGUUUUCUCCACUCUGCUCCUUAUUUCAACACUCCUAAUGAGCUUGGAAGGCAUUUAAACCAUGAGCAUCCAAUGGCUGAGUACACUGCAGGAGGUGUCUACAAGUCAUGCUAUCCCCUUGUGAGGAAGCUCCAACAAAUGGGGGAGGGUCUGUAAUGAUAACUCAACUACUGCAGUGCCUUAUUUGCCGCAUGGGACUUUGGGAGAGAGAGCUUGGAAAAGCCCAUGUCAUUGCAAACAAUAUGGAGAUAUAUACCACUGCAGUCUUCGGGUGGAAGAAUGUUGUCCUUAAAGGAUCGUAGUGCAGUCCACGUCAACUUGAACCAAAUCUGUUAGUGGCAAUAUCUAUCCACGCUUUUGAUUCUUGGUAGGUGGCAGUUACAGCAAGCACCAGCUGAGUCAGUGCUGAAUAAUGUAAAGGUGGAUGUCACAUUAUGUCCCUCCCCCCAUUUAAUAUAAACUAGGGGGGUAUGGGACACUUCUAACAGCGGUGUGUUUCACAAAGGGAGAUCACUGACCGUGAGGCUCUUUCAGAUCACCAUGCACAAUAUGGACCCCGUGCCAAAAACACAGGACAGACACAAAAGUAUAGAUGGUCUUCUAGGAUUACCCUCACCCAGGAAUUUCUGCGGGGAUGGGGGAUAAAGCAUCGGAAACAAAACUCAUUGGCUCUGACUGUUCGCUGUUCCUUUGUGUCAUGAAAAAUGUGCUGCCUACACAAACCCAGUUGUGUAUCCGGGGGAGGGGGAGAUACAUUUCUAACCAUGCAGUCCAAAUUCUUGAGCCCCCAAUAUAUUUUAUUUAAAAGAAAAAAAUAUAUAUACAGGUUUAUGUUUCUAAUUAUAAUUUAAGUGUAUGAUAUUCUCACAUUCACUGUGACACACAAUUCAUUGAUCUAUGUGCUUUGGAAGGUUUGGGCUGAAGGAGGGGGGUGUGGGAAGCAUAAUGGGCUCCUCUUUCAGGGUACGGGUCAUGGGGGUACUCCCCUUCAGGUGGUUAGGCUCAAAAAUAUAUAUAUAUAAAAAUAUCGCAGGGCAAGAAUAAGAGUAACAAAUCCUCUCGAUAUAUAUUGUAUAUUGAAUUUUUUUUUUGUAGAGAAUUAUUUUUGUUUCGAUUUAAAUGUUAUAUUGAAAACACAGAGAACACUUUAUCCUAAAGACUUGGACAUAUUGAGAAUUAUCCAAAGUAAAGAAAUUGUGUAUUAACACCG